UCCGCAGGUCAGCCAUGGAACUGCUCUGGACACCCCUACUGCUGCUGGUCGCCUCUUGUGUCUCCACUGUCCACAGCUUACCAGAGAUGGACACCAGUGAUCCCAGCAUCAACAUUCCUGAGCCCCUGCACAUCCUAGAGGAGCGCAACUUGCUGGUGCUGACGCCUGCCGGCCUGACCCAGACCCUGAACGAGACUCGUUUCCUCAUGGUGCUUUUCCACAAUCCAUCGUCCAAACAAUCCAGGAACUUGGCUGAGGAGCUGGGCAAAGCUGUGGAGAUAAUGGGCAAGGGCAAGAAUGGAAUUGGCUUUGGCAAAGUGGAUAUCACCGUGGAGAAGGAGCUUAAGCAGGAGUUUGACAUCAAGAAGGCCCCAGAGUUGAAAUUGUUUUUUGAGGGCAACAGGUCAGAGCCCAUCAUUUGCAAAGGAGUGGUUGAAUCUACAGCAUUGGUUGUCUGGUUGAGAAGACAAAUUAGCCAGAAAGCAUUUUUGUUCAACAACACCCAGCAGGUGGCAGAUUUUGUGAAAUCCAGGCCCUUGGUCAUCAUUGGCUUCUUCCAGGAUUUAGAGGAAGAAGUAGCAGAAUUGUUCUAUGAUGUGAUCAAGGACUUCCCAGAGCUAACAUUUGGUGCGAUAUCAAUCAAAAAUGCCUUUGGACGUUUUCACGUUGUCCUUGACAGUGUCCUGGUGUUCAAAAAGGGAAAAAUUGUGAAACGCCAAGAGCUUAUUAAUGACAGUACGAACAAACAGGACCUCAACUAUGUCAUAAAACAGCACCUUACAGAUCUUGUGAUUGAAUACAAUACUGAGAAUAAGGAUCUGAUUUAUGAACUGCGUAUCUUGAAUCACAUGCUGCUCUUUGUCUCAAAAAGGGCCAAGUCGUAUGCCCUCAUAAUUCAGCAUUACAGACUAGCAUCGAAGGAAUUCCAAAACAAGAUCCUUUUCAUUCUUGUGAACGCAGAUGAACCCAAAAACAAACAUGUCUUUGAAUACUUCCGGAUCACAAAGGUCAACAUCCCAUCUGUUCAAAUCCUGAACUUGAGCUCUGAUGCCAGGUACAAAAUGCCUACAGAUGACAUAACCUAUGAAAACCUCAAGAAAUUUGCUCACAGCUUCCUGAGUAAAAAUGCCAAGAAACACAAAUCCAGCGAAGAGAUUCCAAAAUAUUGGGAUCAAGGGCCAGUUAAGCAGCUCGUGGGGAAGAACUUCAAUGUAGUUGUCUUUGACAAGGAAAAGGAUGUGUUUGUGAUGUUCUAUGCACCCUGGUCUCAGAAGUGCAGGGCCCUGUUCCCGCUGCUGGAGGAGUUGGGCUUAAAAUAUCAAAACCACUCCAUGGUCACCAUCGCCAAGAUUGACAUUACAGCAAAUGACAUUCAACUAAUGAACCCUGACCAGUACCCAUUCUUCAGGCUUUUCCCCACAGACUCUCAAGAGGCUGUACUAUAUAAAGGAGAACACACCAUGAAGGGCUUCUCUGACUUCCUGGAAAGCCAAAUCAAGAUAAGGAUUGAGGAUGAGCUAUUGUCCAUUGAACAAAAUGAAGUGAUAGAGGAGGAGGUAUUAGCUGAGGAAAAGGAAGUACCUUUUAUGGAGAAAGAGUUACCUGAGCAGCAGUUGCCUGAGAUGGAGAACAUAACCAAGCUGGAAGAGUUGCCUGAGAUGGAGAAUGGAACCAAGCUGGAAGAGCCAGCAGCACAAAAGAAAACAACUAAGAAGGAGAAGGAAGUGCCUAAGCCAAUGGGACCACCAAGACAAGAGAAAAUACCAAGAAUCAAGGAAGAACUUUAG